UAAAAGACCAGCUCUCUUCCAGGUACCCAUCAUCCCCCACCAGCAUCCCAAGCGAACAGCCAACCUACUUGGAAACCAGAAAUCGAUAUCCUCGCCAUGCUCUUCAAAACUUGCAUCCUCGUCUGUUUAGCCUUGCUAGUGGCCAAUACCUCAGCAUCGACCUGUGAUACUAAAAACAAAGCAGUAGCCCAUUACAACACUCCGCGGUGUAAUGGGGACACGCGUCGAGACCCUCCUGUCGACAAGGGCCAAUUCACGUGCACUGCUAAAGAGGGUCCUGAGUGCUGUGAUUUGACAGCCGAUGUGAGUCGCACAAACUGAUCAGUGAUACAUAUAUAUAUAUUGAUGUAUA